AUGCCGGGGCUUAUCGUCGACAAUGCUGAUCGGGCGCAGGAUCACAACAAUAACAACACUCCUCGUAAUAGCAAUUACGUGGUAGAAGAAGAGGAAGUGUCUGAAGAAGAAGAAGAAGCAAUCAUGAUGCCCGACUUUGGAGACCACGUCGACACCAGCAUCUUUGGGCAGAUCCUGGAGAUGGAUGAGGGAGACGAUCACGAUUUCAGUGCGCCACUCGUGCUUAACUUUUUCGAGCAGGCCGAGGAAACGUUUCAGAAGAUGGAGACUGCCCUGAACAACAAGGACCUCCCAGAGCUCUCGAAACUGGGCCACUUCCUCAAGGGGUCGUCGGCGACGCUGGGGUUCACCAAGAUCCGUGACAGCUGCCAGCUGAUCCAGCAGUACGGGCAUGGGCUCAACGUGGACGGUAGCAGCGAGCCGGACGAAGGGGUCUGCCUCAAGAAGAUUGCCGAGGCUCUCGCAUCUGCCCGUGUCGACACCGUCGCGUUGCACAAGAUGAUGCGUGAGUUUUUUGAGUAUGAUAAGAGCGAGUGA